UGAUUUCUACCCAGCACUCGCCGAAGCUCCGGUGAACAGGGAACAUGGCCUCACCGAACAAGGUUGAUAUGCUGUCCCUCUUAAGGGAAUCUCUCGACUAUGAAGGGUCAACGAAAUCACAUGUAUUUGUCGUCAUGGGAGCAUCGGGAGACCUGGCUAAAAAGAAGAUCUACCCCACAUUAUGGUGGCUAUACAGAGAUGGACUGCUGCCCCCGAAUACCUCCUUCAUUGGCUAUGCUCGUAGCAAAAUCAACAUGGACGAAGUACAGAAAAGAUCUCUUCCCUACAUGAAGGUCCAGGACAGUGAAAAAGACAAACUAGCAGCAUUUUUUAAAGUCAAUGAAUAUAUCGCUGGAGAUUAUGAAAAGGCAGCAAGCUUCUCUGUCCUUAACAAGGCCCUGGAUCAAAAGACCAAUGCCAACCGGAUCUUUUAUCUGGCCCUACCUCCGUCCGUCUACGAGUCCGUGACACGCAAUAUUAAGGCUAUCUGCAUGGCAAAAGAUGAUUGCUGGACCCGUGUUGUCAUAGAGAAGCCAUUUGGUAAGGACCUUGACAGCUCCAACAGUCUGUCAGAACACCUCAGUGCUUUAUUUAAGGAGGAAGAGAUGUACAGAAUCGACCACUACCUGGGCAAGGAGAUGGUACAGAAUCUCAUGGUGCUAAGAUUUGCGAAUAAGAUGUUCAGUCCUAUCUGGAACCGGGACAAUAUCGCCUCUGUGGUCAUCAGUUUUAAGGAGCCUUUUGGAACUCAGGGACGGGGCGGCUACUUUGACGAGUUUGGAAUCAUCAGGGAUGUUAUGCAGAAUCACCUGUUACAGAUUUUAACUCUGGUUGCCAUGGAGAAGCCACCAUCAACUGGAGCAGAAGAUAUCCGAAAUGAGAAGGUGAAGGUGCUUAAGAGUAUAUUACCAGUGGAGUUGGAACACAUCGUGUUGGGCCAGUAUGUCGGUAAUCCACAGGGUACUGGUGAUGAGAAAAUCGGCUACUUAGAAGAUCCAACUGUCCCAAAAGGUUCCACCACCCCAACAUUUGCGACAGCUGCCCUGUUCGUGAAGAAUGAACGAUGGGAGGGAGUACCAUUCUUCUUAAGAUGUGGAAAAGCUUUGAAUGAGAGGAAAGCUGAAGUUAGGAUUCAGUUCCGUGACAUUCCUGGUGACAUCUUUCAACCUGGGGAUGUGAAGCGCAAUGAACUUGUGAUUCGGGUACAGCCAAACGAGGCCGUCUACUUAAAGAUGAUGACCAAAUCACCAGGAAUGAGCUUUAAGAGUGAGGAAACAGAACUUGACCUGUCGUACAAUCAUCGCUACCAGAAUUUGAAGUUACCCGACGCUUAUGAACGCCUUAUACUGGAUGUGUUCUGCGGCUCUCAGAUCCACUUUGUCAGGUCCGAUGAACUUUACGAAGCAUGGAGGAUAUUUACACCACUGCUUCACAAGAUAGAGAAGGAGAAACCGAAGCCUAUAGAAUAUGUUUAUGGCAGUCGAGGACCAAAAGCCAGUGAUGACUUAUGUGCCAAAUUCAACUUUGUAUACAGUGGAACAUACAAGUGGGUCAAACCGGAACAGAGCAAAAUUUGAACAAAGAUUGAACGAAUAACAGAAUGAUGAACAGACAGAAGGACAAAGAUGUGAAAUGUUUUAGAUUCCAGGCACAAGGAUCCCCAUAAAGUUAUUUAUCUUUUAAAAUGAUCAAAUUAAUGUUGUUUUAUCAACAUUUAUCUCCUUUUAAGAUUGUCUGUGAUUUUUGUGAAACAAAUUUACAUUUUAAUAAUUUUAUACCAGUGAUGACAUUCUAAGAAAGUUAUUUCUUAACAAAAUGGCAGUGUUGAGAUGUAUGGUGUGACAAAAAGAACGAAAUAUUAUUGUAGAUCUGAUUUUCUGUUUAAAUGUUGAUAUAUUAAUGUGAGAUAUAUUAAAUUAUUUCAAUGACUGUCCAAAUUAUGUUUUUUAAGGUUUUACAAUGGUGACCGUUAUAGUCAAAGGGAAAUAACUCUUUGUUUAAAAGUCCAAGGUCCAGUACUUCUUGAUUGUGUGAUAACUUCCUUUGUUGACUGACAUCUUUUUCUAAUUCUUGUUGUUAAGUGUGGGAUUUUUAGUGGGAUUAUUUCUUUGUUUUAUUGGAUACCUUAGAUUUUCUUCCACAUUUUUCAUUUUACUGUUUAAAAUCAGUUAAACAUGUUCUCUCUGUUAAAGAUUUUUCAAUAUUUUUAAAUAUGGACCAUUUAUUCCAUAGAAGUUUAAUAAUAGUUUCUCUGUCUAGAAGAGAGAGUUAUCAAUUUGAGUUUCCGAACUGAACGUGGUUUGCUGGGUGCAAAAUAAUAUGCAAUGAUUCAUUACACAAGGGUAAAAGAUGCAUUUUACAUCUGUGUUAUACUCAUGUUGUUUUGUUAAAACAUUACUUGUCUCAGAAGCUGAAGAUCACGUCACAAAGUUAGCAGCAUCAGAAUAAUCAUUUCAGCAGUUUUAAAUAGAAAACCAGCUUGAGAGAAUUUAGACUUAUUUUCUGUACCAGGAACCCCGAGUCUUGAUACUUUAAAUGCUUAAAAGAAUUUAUAGAGUGUCUCAAAACUCAAAAGUCAUUGCAUGUCAAUAUUACAGUAUUUAAAUAUUGUUAUUGUUUUAUAUAUGUUUGUAGCUAGUCAUGCCUCAAGUCUGUCGAAGAUUUAAGUUAACACCACAAAAAGGUUAGAAAGAGAUGGAGGAAAAAAUCUAUUGGACCGACUAUAGACAAUCAGACAAGUAAAUAUGGUUCUAGACCUAGUAGUAUUAAUUUGGUGGAUUUUUCGAUUGAAAUUGUAUUCGUUUAAUAUGGCAUCAAACAUGAUCAGAUUAAAGAGAAACGUUAAAUAUAUCAUAUGAAAUAUGAUCCAUAAUAUAUAUUGUACAAAAUAUAUAGCGGUGUCUUCACGUUUAUCUAGAGAAAUAUAUUUUAAUUUCAGUUUCUAAACAUUCAUGAAUAAAUGUAUUUAAAACAUUUUCAUCCUAUGUAAUACUAUAUAAAUGAUAAUUGUAUGAGUGCAAAUUAGUUACCUGGUCAACCUGCAGCUGUUAGUCUUCAUUGUUUGUGCAAAAUAACUGGAAAUACACUAAAAAUAGAAAUUCAAAUACACCGGUUACAUGUACCAAACUAGCCAACUUCUUACAGGCAAAAAAAAAUUUAUGAAAUCUUUGCGAUUAUUUUUGUGGUCUUAUGCACACCGACAAAAAUGGUAAAAAUCUACUACCUGCAAAAAUAACUGCUUAUGUGCUAGUCAAGAAAAAUGAAGUUGACAGAAUUUUCAAAAGUAAUCAUAUAUGUUAAAGAUUCUUGUUUUGAAAGGGUUUCAUAUUUUUGAGUAAAGAUUAAAAUUACAAAAAUAUAUGCAUUGAAAUUAAAUACAAUUUCUAUGCUGAUUUUAUAUUUUCUAAGGAAAAAUAAUAUCUGUUUGCUGCAGUGGUUAAAAUAUUAAAACAAGUUUGUCAAUAGGACGAGGUAUUAUCACCCAGUAGAUGUACAAUUUUUGUAUUUAAGCUGUUUUGUUUUCCAACUUGUGAUAUACACAUCUAUUUAAAUGUACAUGUAUGUGUAUCAAUGCUUUUUUUGUGUUUGAACAAUCAAUUAUCAACUCUACCGUCUGUCACAGAGUUGUCUUUCUUGCUGGACAAGAUACCAAACAAUAUACGAUCAAAGAUGUAUCAUAGCGAUGUCGUACAGGAUAUUUUUAUUUGGCAUCACUUUUAAAUGGUACAUUUCAUAUAUUUAGUUUGUAAGCCAUCAUUAUGUUAAGUUUGAAUGUCUUUAUAAGCGAAUUAAAUUAUCAACCUUUUUACCUUAACCAGCAAGAGAUUUCAGGAGACCUUUCGCUUAUUUACCUUGAAAUGUCAGUGUAUUUGAGAUUGAUGCUAGUUCUUAUGAUUUUGAAACACUUUUAAAUCAACAUGGUAUGAAAAUAAAUUGUAAUACUUUGAAUAUCUAUUACCUCCCCUUUUCCAUAUGACAGGUGAAUCGGGCUUCAAUCUUUAUCGAGAUAUUGAUGUAAUUGAAAGUGAAAUAUCUGAUAGGUGUCUAGAUUUCUGUUGAGGAUAGCUUCAUUUUCACAUGUUUUGCAUGUUUCAUACACAAAUUUUCUAAAUCCACUACUGAUUGCCAUUUAAGAGGUGGGGAAAUGAUCAUCAGGGAUGUAUUCAUGAAACCAUUCUAUUGCUUGAACACGAAAUCUGUGCUCAACCCAACUCAGUUUAAAAGAAAAAUAUAAACAUCCAAAAAAAAUCUAAACAUCAAAAAUAAAAUCUCACUUGAGGUCUCUCCAAAAUUCCUUCAAAGCAUUUAAAAAUAAAUCAGAUAUCAGAUUUGUCACCAAAAUGAUUGGAGCCUGAGCACAAAAUUUGUAUUUGAGCAUGAGUGUGAUUUCAUAAAUACAGGCCCUUAACUUGAAAAAAUGGCCUAUUUAUGAGUUAACUAACUCAACCUAACUUGAACUGAAAAAAAAGUUCCUUACAUUUGGUUGGAAUUUUAUAUCAUGACAUAAAGAUAUUUUUAUUUAAAACAUAUACAUGAGGGGUUUGAACAUGGGUACUCGCACAUCAUCACAUUGUUUCCGGGGACACCAAUUCACACAUAUGUUUAGUACCAAAACAUAUUUUAAAUCGCCACCAUAAUGUCAUAUGUCAAUUUCUCAAAUACUUUAAUUUAUUAGUUAUACAGGCCCUAUGGACUUUUUCCUAACUACAUGUAUAAUAUUGAUUAUUUAUCAGAAAAGUGCUAUUUUACUACAAUGUAUCAUAUCUUGUAAAAGUGCUAUUUUAAUUGAUAUGCAAUGUAUUGACUAGCGUUUUUUUUUUUUAAGUGCUAUUUGUAUCCAAAAGGUUAUACUUUGGAUUAUGACUAAAAGUGCUAUUAUAAUUGAUAUUUCAAUUCUUGGGGUUUUUCUAUAAAAGUGCUAUUAUAACCAAACAAUUUGCUAGAAUAUGAUAUAAUAUAAUUGUGAUACUUAUGUGUGAGAUAUUCUUGUUUUAGCCCUCUGUCAUUUCUAUAUCAUCAUAUAUUUGGCAAUUUAUUCCAUAUCUAAACUCAGAUUAAAAAAAAAAAAAAAAGAAUCAUUGGUUACUCUAAACAAUUACUCUACACUUAAUGUAUUUCUCUCCUAAUAUCAAGACUAGAAAUCAUACAAUUGCUCACUGUUACAUAAAAUGCCUUUGGUAAGAAAUGUCUACGAGUCUUUCUUUCAUGGUUUUACGAUUAUUUACGUCGUUUCGUGUCACAUUUUUGGCUAUCCUAUAUAAACAGAUUAACAUACAUAGAUGUACUAAGUUGUUUAUUUUUGUGGUUGCAUGGUAACCAUGACAACCAUGACUAUUUAUACACUAUGAUAUUUCAUAUCAUACUCUAUAAAAAUUUUACAUUGGUAACAGAAAUUGACUUAAACACUUAAUUGCCUGAGUAAUGUAUGCAUCAUAUAUUUUUCAAUCCCUGUGUUUUAUCGAAAUAUCUUGCAUCAAAAUAAAUCAGCAGUUUUCAUUAGACAUGGUCUACAAAUGAAUUGAUAAUGUUAUUAUAUUAGUGCUAUUUUUAACGAUGUAGACGACAGACUGUUGUCCGAUAAUAAAUUUAUAUAAAAUUUUA